AUGGCCGGCAACCUCGCGGGCAUCCAAAACAGAGAUAGCAAGACACUAUCAAGGAAGAUAUGCAAGCUGCGGGCCUGCACCCUGCAGAUGCAGCUGACCAUGCAAAAUGGCGGGCGAACCACGGUGCAAAAAAAUUGUGCUGAUCCUGUGUGGCAUGAACAGGUUGUCUUUAAAGAAAUGUUUCCCCCACUGUGCCGGAGAGUCAAAAUCCAAGUAUGGGACGAAGGCAGCAUGAAUGAUGUGGCUUUGGCAACUCAUAUGAUAGACCUGAAGAAGAUCUCAAAUGAGCAGGACGGCGAGAAAGGUUUCCUGCCUACUUUUGGGCCUGCUUGGAUCAAUCUUUAUGGUGCACCCAAAACCCACGGCUUGAUGGAUGACUACCAGGAACUCAACGAAGGUUAUGGGGAAGGUGUCUCUUUUAGGGGUCGUCUCCUAAUUGAGCUUGCAGUGGAAAUCCUCUCUGGUGCAGCCCAGGAAUCAAAGUUCUCAAAGAUCAUCAAGGAUGUGAAACGGCCAUCAAAGGACAAAGAUUCUAAAAGUUCAAAAGGGACCGGAAAAGACAAAGGGGCAGAAGAUGGCAAGUCACCUUCCUCUUCAGACAAAACAAAUUCAACAGAUGCAGAAGUGGAAGCUUUUGAUGUCCCCCCUGAGAUACAUGAAGAACAACUUGCGGAAUUCCUUCUCUUUGGGGCAUUUUUUGAAGCAACCAUGAUUGAUAGGAAGGUUGGAGAUAAACCAAUAAGCUUUGAAGUAUCUGUUGGGGACUUUGGAAAUGUGAUUGAUGGUGUGUCAUCUGGAGCCAGGGGGAAAAAGAAGGCCCAUGAAGGAGAAGAAGAAGAAGGUUCCCCUUUGUUGCACGAAGGAACAGGAGAAGAUUCUCCUGACGUUGCAAUGCCUCUAAUAUCUACCACAUCUCCUGAAAAGCCAUUAAUUACGGAAGGAAACAGAAACUACCUAUACUUGCCUUAUGGUGAGAAGAAGCCUUGUGUUUACGUCAAGAGCUUUUGGGGGAAUCAAACCUUUCGGUUGUAUCUCUCAAAUACCCUGGAAAAAAUGGGAGAUCUCUUGGAAGAAGGUUUGGAGCAAGUGAAAAAUCUCAUUAAAGUUUCUGAGAUUGCAUCAGAAGAGAAAAUAAAGUCAACUCUGGUUGAUUUUAUCAAGCAAAGUAGAUCGUUUAUCACAAAUGCUGAAAAAAAGCCCAAACUCAUGAAUCGGACAGCUUUGGAUAAAAAAAGACUGAAACUGUGCAAGCAAGAACUGGAAGCCAUGUCAAAGGAUGCUAAAGGGAUUCUCCAGCAGCAAAAAAAGAAGAUUUCGCUAGAUGAAAUGAUGCGUGAAACACAAAACUUUAUAGAGAGGAUUCGGUUCUUAAUUGACGAGCCUCAACAUACAGUGCCCGACCUCUUCAUCUGGAUGCUUAGCAACAAUAAAAGAAUCGCCUAUACAAGAAUCCCAGCCAAAGACGUGCUGUAUUCCCCGGUGAAGGAGCAGCGGGGCAAACAUUGCGGGAAGAUUAAAACCCAUUUUUUGAAAUUGCCAGGAAAAAGGCCUCCAGGUUGGAAUGUCCAUGGAAAAGUUGACACUUAUCUCUGGCUUGGCUCUAGUAACUAUGCCCAUGCUAUUUUCGAAAACUUACCAGUUGGAUAUGAAACAGAAGCACCAAUGGCAGAAAGUACAGGAUCCCAUCUUACUUCCUACCCUGCCAAUCUGAUCUACAAAACCAAGAAUAUUUUUCAACUGAGAGCUCACAUGUAUCAAGCAAGAGGAUUAAUCGCAGCUGACAGCAGUGGCCUCUCGGAUCCUUUUGCUAAAGUGACUUUUGUUUCCCACUGCCAGACCACAAAGAUCAUUCAGCAAACUUUGUCUCCCACUUGGAAUCAGAUGUUGCUUUUUAAUAAUAUUCAGCUUCAUGGCGAAGCCAAGGAAAUUGCCGAAUUCCCUCCUAUAAUCAUUGUGGAACUCUAUGAUGAUGAUGCUGUGGGAAAAUCAGAAUAUAUCGGUGCAACUGUGGCUGCUCCAGUAACUAGGCUGGUGGAGGACAAAUAUGAGCCCCCAAAACUUAGUUACCAUCCUCUCUACUGUGGCAGUCUUUCAGGGGGGGAUCUUCUGGCUGCAUUUGAGCUGCUUCAGGUCCCUGAUUCUGGCCCAGAAAACCUUCCACCUCUUGAUCCUCCAGAUGCCAGCCUAAUCUAUGCAGUCCCAGCCAAUAUACGACCUGUAUUAAGUAAAUAUAGAGUAGAGGUUCUAUUCUGGGGUCUUCGGGAAUUGAAGAAAGUGCAGUUUCUAUCUGUUGAUCGUCCCCAAGUCUUCAUUGAAUGUGCCAGUAAAGGAGUGAAAUCCUCUGUGAUCCAGAGCUACAAAAAAAACCCUAACUUUACUACCCUGUCAGACCGGUUUGAAGUGGAAUUGCCCGAAAAUGAACUUCUGCACCCUCCUCUAAGCAUCUGUGUGGUUGACUGGAGAGCCUUUGGCCGUAGCACUCUAGUGGGGACCCACACCAUCAACUGCCUUAAGCAGUUUCUGCAUAAACUCAAGGAACCUCUUGUUUCCUUAGCUGAAGGAGCUGAUAUUGUAGAAGUGGACAAAGCAUCACCUGCUCCAGCUGCUGCUCCAACACCACCUCACACAAGUCAAUUUGAAUCACCUCCGUCAGAUCACAUUUAUGUUGACGUGGAACAUGGAGAGCCUCAUUUAGCCAUCCCAAAACCUGAGGCAGAAGUACAUGUUCCCCUAUCACCCCCGCUGCUACCACCAGCUCCUUCACGGAAACCUUCAUUAGCAUCUUCCUCUAGACCUUCAAAAGAUGGAAAACUAAAAGACCGGACGAAAUCAAUUUACCGCUCUACCAAGAGGAAAAAAAGAACUGUUGCUGAUGAAUCUGCUGAAAAUGUCAUUGAUUGGUGGUCGAAGUAUUAUGCUUCAAUACAAAAAGUACAAAAGGCAAAAGUCUUGGAUUUCAAUGAUGGAAAACCAGGAACAUCAAAAGACACGACAAACUCUGUAAGCUUUAGCACCGAAGAUGAGCCAGAUAAAAAGAAGAAAGAGAAAUUGCUGAAAGCCAAAGUGACAGAGAUUUCUUCCAAGCUAGCCACCAUGGAGGUCUAUGAUGGCGAUUUGGAGAGCGAGUUCAACAAUUUUGAAGACUGGGUAAAAACAUUUGAACUCUUUCGAGGCAAAAUUACUGAGGAAGAUCAUACUGAUUUUGAAGACAGGAUUGUCGGGAAAUUUAAGGGCUCCUUCUGCAUAUACAAAACCCCUGAAGACUCUUCCUCAAGCGACGGAGGUUCUCUGAGAAUUCUGCAAGGCCUACCCCCAAAUCAGUCAGUGAAUGUUCUAAUCAGAGUAUAUAUUGUGGCUGUAAGUAUCCCUUAA